UGGUGCGCUGUGUCCCUGAGACACAGCAGAUCACUGAUUAACGGAAAGAGACAAAGAUGUCGGCUCGGUCAUGUGAUCAGCUGUGUCCAAUCACAGCUGAUCACAUGGCACUGAUAAUCAGUGUGCCCUGAUGAUCAGUGUAGCCCCAGCAGUGCCAUCUGUCAGUGUCCAUCAAUGCCAGCUGUCAGUGCCCAUCAAUGAUACCUGCCAGUGCCCAUCAGUGCCACAUACCAGUGCCUACCAGUGCACAUCAAUGCCACAUAUCAAUGCCCAUCUGAGCUGCCUUUCAGUGUCACCUAUUAGUGCCAGUCAGUGCCACCUAUCAAUGCCAGUCAGUGCCACCUAUCAGUGCUGCCAAUCAGUGCCACCUAUCAGUGACAGUCAGUGCCGCCUAUCAGUGCCAGCCAGUCACCUAUCAGUGCCCGUCAGUGCUGCCUAUCAGUGCCCGUCAGUGCUGCCUGUCAGUGUCAGUCAGUGCCACCUAACAGUG